GUCAGCAACCUACCAGCCUCGCGGCCAGUCUGCCAGUAGCCACUCAGCAACUCCCCUCUCUCGCGUUCUCUUGGUGCAGUCGUGCCGGCGCGAUGGCCGCACCUUUUCUGCACCUUCUUCUGCUCGUCGUCUCUGGGGGUGCUGCAGCGGGCGGCGAGGACGAGGUGGGGCUGCCCCCGCUUGAGCUCCGAGCCAUCGACGACCCGGGCCGUGGGCGCGCGUCCGUCGCUGCGGAGGAGCCGGUGCUCAUCGCCGAUAUCUCCACGCACGACGACGAGCCGGCCGAAGUACCCCGGGUUGAGUUCCGAGGCAUCGACGACUCGGGCCGUGGGCACGCGUCCGACGCGCCGGAGGAGCCGGUGUUCAUGGCCGAUGUCGCCACGGACGACGACGAGGCGCUUUUCGGUGGCAUCGAUGAGUCGGGCCAUGUGCACGCGUCCGACGCGCAGGAGGAGCGGGCGUUCAUGGACGUCAUCUCCACGGGCGGCGGCUGCGGCCGCUUCGCCCGCCUCGUCGCCAAGACGGGGAACGCGAGCCAGCUCUUCUGGGAGCGCGUCGCGGGCGGUGGCGGUCUCACCGUAUUCUGCCCCGAAGACAAGGCCCUCUCCGAGUUCGAGCCCAAGUUCCGAGGCCUCGGCGCCGACGACCGGCUCGCCGUCCUGCUGUACCACGGCGCGGCGACCACCUACGGCAGGAAGCUGUUCCAGGCCUUCGACUGGGUGUCGUUGAGCUCGCUGGCCACCGACGCGGCCACCAACAAGAGCCACGCCAUCACGCUCCGCGACGACGGGGACACGGUGUGGUUGUGGCCGUCGUGCGGGAGCCGCGCUUGGGUCAGGGUGACAAAGACGGUGUCCGAAGAGGCCCCCCUCGCCGUGUACGUCGUCGACGCCGUGCUGCUGCCGAGCCACCUGCGACAGAAGCUGGAUGGCGGCGACGAGCCGGCUGCUGCGUGCAAGCCGUCCGGCGGCUAUCUCGGCUGGCUGCACUCCUGCAUCCCGGCCUGGACAAUGGUACCCAUCGCCGUGGUGAGCAUCGUGGGCUUUCAUAUCGCGUUUCUUCUUCAGGAUGCACUGAACAGGAAGAACAAGAAGGCCAACUUAAAUAUUUUUUUAACACAGUACAGACGCAAGCGCUCAUAUAAACGCGCAUACACUCACCCUAUGAACGCACACACGCACACCCUACCCCUAUGAGCACCUUCGAGAGACUGAGCUGGCAUAUCAUCUUGAGAUUUUACGAAGUUACCGUAGGCGCCUCGUAGUCGACGGGAACGUAAUAAAUCCAGGAUAAAUGCGAGCACCAGGAUUUGAACCCUGAUGGAUUGAGGAUACCACUGUCCAUCUAACCACUGCCAACAUAGCUGGUUAAGUUUAUCUGCACUAGUAGUAGUGUGAAUAAUGCUGUAGAAUUAUGGUUGUGGUGUGCGCAUGAUCGAGUAGUAUGUGUUUAGCUCAGCAUAUUAUAUUGCUGCAGCAUGUGACAGGCGCCUCCGCAGUCUUCUGCCUCGUUAUGCAUCUUUGUUCAAGACUGAACGGCAUGGACCCGAAA